AUGACAAGUCUUACCAUUGAGAGCAAUCCAAAGAACACUACAUUACUUUUGAACAGCAGCUUGACACUUCUCUGUGUCACAAAUGCCAACCCUCCUGCUUUGUAUCAUCUGUAUUCAAAUGAGAGUUAUAUUGGUAACAGCAGCUCUGGAGAGUAUAACAUUACUGUUAAAGGCGAUGGAGUCUACACUUGUGUUCCAAUAAACACAGUGGGCACAGGAAACAAUGACACUCUUAAUAUUAUUGCUGUUGGUGAGUUACCAUGUAUCUUUUAGGUUUACAGUCAAGUCGCCUAAGAGUCAUCUCGCCCGAAGUCAUGUCGCCCGAAGUCAUGUCGCCCGAAUCCUGAGUCAUGUUGCCCGAAAUUUUAGUUAUGUCGCCCGAAAAAGAAGUCAAGUCGCUCGAAGAAACAAAUACUAAAAACAUCAGAAUUUCAGACUGUAAAUAGGCAAUAAAGUUGAGAAAUUUUAAUCACUAAAGUACUCUUUGUUUCCAACAACGCCAUGAAGAUUCUAAAAGCGUUGUUCGUUCCUUUCAACAAAGGGAAACGUUGGUUUCUAACAACAAAAUGAAGCGUUGUUCGUUUAUAAUAUGGUAUUUAAUCGUUUCCUACUAACAGACGUGUCGUAAGCUUGAGAAACUUUAUCUUGCUUUCUAACAAUACCAUGAAGGGAAGCGUUGUUCGUUUCUACAAUAACAAAUGCACGGAUGCAGCUCCGAAAGUUCUGUUGUGUCUAUUUGUGACUUUCUUAACAAUAACAGAUGAAAAAACCUAGUAAACAAAUGUCGAAUGUCGAUUGUCGCGUUUGACAAGUCGUUAAAGGGUCAACGCUUCCUUUUGUUGUUAGACACGAACAACGCUUCCCUUUGUUGUUAGACACGAAUAACGCUUUUAGAAUCGUUGCUCAAACGUAUUUCAGUUACGACCAUAAGAUCGAUUUCUGUGUAGUCAAAGUCUUCAUGAUAUUGUUGGAAAACAAGAAAGAGUUUCUCAAGCUUACGAAAUGUCCGUGAGUAAGAAACGAGUAUAUACCAACCAACAGCGCUUCAUUUUGUUAUUAGAGAUGGACAACGCUUCCUUUUGUUGCCAGAAACGAACAACGCUUUUAGAAUCGUUACUUAAACGUACACUGAAAUUCAGAUGUUUUUCGUAUUUGUUUCUUCGGGCGACUUGACUCUUUUUUUCGGGCGACAUAACUUAAAUUUCGAGCAACCUGACUCAAGUUUCGGGCGACUUGACCGGUUACUAUCUUUUAUAGUGCAGUGGCUAAGGGGUGUCAUGGUGGUUAGUUUGACUCCUAAUGGAUGAAUUAUGUUAGGAAGUUAGAACACGAUUCUUUCUCAGCUUUGGUUGUCCUUGGUUCAAACUGUUUUGUAUUGAGUCUGUCUUGAUUUGGAAAUCAUUGUUUUACAAGUCAUUAAGAUGUCACUAACACUAAUUUCUUGAUAUUAUUUAAAUGAUAUUCCCACAAUUAUGUCCUAUAAGCAGUUCACGUGUAGCAUAACUAAACAUGAUGUUUCCACCAAUAACUUCCAAAAUAAAUUAUUCAUCUCCAUGUGAGAAGAUUAAUUUACAUGUAUAAUGAUUAUCUUUCUCAAUUAAAAGUAAGGCAAACAAGGUAGGCUCAUGCCCAAUGGAAUUUGUACAGCCUGUCCUAACUUAUUUUUCCCAUAAUUACUUUAUUUAACAAAGGGAAACCUAUAUAAAAAAACACAGACACAAGAACUUAGCCCUUUGUUCCUUAAACUCUGUUAUGCAGGCGCCUUGAGCUUUUUGUGCAUGGAUGUGUUAUGAAAAUGAACCAGAUAAGGUCUUAAGAAAAAAGAAAACAAAAACAAACAAACAUUCUAAUUUAUUAUUACAGUUACAACAAGAUUUUAAUUUUAAUUUUAUUUAUCAGUAAUUAACCCCUUCACUCCCAAGAGUACCUGGUUUUCAAAUAUAAUCUAAGAUAUUGUACUUUAUGAAAAAGAAUCAACAGAUUUUAUUCACAAUUUGUGUCAAACCAAAUUUAAUGAUUGAUUAGGACUAUUUUAUAUGAAUAGCUGUAAUUGAGGAUUUAAAUCCGUAUGAGGUUCUCAAGAAAAGAAAAAUAAAUCAAAUUCCAUCCCAAUAUUACCACAUGUUGAUGUUAUUAUUGUUAAUUGAUGUUAAUUCUGGGAAUUUCUAGGAAUUUCUAGGUUUUUAGAACCAUAGUUGUUAUGGUUGGGAAUUCCUAGGAAUUCCUAGGAAUUCCCAGUCCGAAUUUACCGUGAAAAUUCACACUUUUAUUCCUAGGAAUUUCUAGGAAAAUCCUAAGGGAGACUGCAUUUGCAUUAAAAUUUCGGUUCGUAUUAAUGUCGCAAUGUGAUAGUUUUCCCUUUGACGAAAAAUAAAUUUAAAUUAAAUUUCUACUGAGAGGUUUUGUGUGGGAAGAAAUCAAGUUCACGUUUAAAACUAAGUAUUUAAUAUGUGUUUGUCUUGGUGCCAUUGAAAGCCUGCUCACAUGCUACAUGAAAAUAGUAUUCUCAGGUUUGUCCAUGACUCUCUGCUAUCCUCUUAUUUUGUAUUAAUUGGUUCAAUUUGUGUCUCAGUUCCUUCGUCAGUUGAAAUAUCCAACAAAACAACCACAGCAGUGGAAGGAGACAGACUGAAUUUUUCUUGUACUGCAUCUGGCAAACCUGAACCCAAGAUAGCAUGGACCAAGGUUGGCGGUGUUAUGGAGAUAACUGACACACCAUCAGUUUCAGUUAUUGUGGACAGACCUGUGACACCAGAUAACAUGUACCAGUAUCAAUGCACAGCCAGAAAUGGAGUGGGUACACCUGCUACAGCCACGGUCAAUGUCACUGUUAAUUGUAAGUAC